AUGACUGGCAUCCAAGGGUAUAAUUUGGGCGAAAUAAAUUGCAAAGCAGCUUUUACGUCUGAAUUUGCACUUGAUUAUGAUGGACCUUUGCAGAAUGUGGUCAAUAUGCAAGAGCAAGAGCGGAGGCAGAUGGAUGAUCGGCCUGGCAUGUAUCUGAAAUACUUGCCUUGUCGAUAUGAUGCGGUUACUGGAAGCCUUUUGGUCGGUGGUGGAUAUCUGUUCGAUUCACAGGACCAUGUGAAAGAGUACGUGGACUGGACUACCCAUACCUUUGAAGUGGGUGAAGGUGAGACCAAGUCCAAAUUUUGGAGUCGGCCAUUAUUCAAGGACGUAAAACAUCGGUGCUGGGAUGUGAUCGGAGCCUGCAACUUCACCUUACCUGAUCAGCAUGACGUCAUUCGAUUUCAACGUUGGACGUACAGCGAAGAAGGCGCGGCCGAUGCGGCCACUUUACUGAAGAAAAUGUAUCCCAAAAUCCGUGAUACGGCAAAAAAGCAAGGCUCAGGCGCAAUUUGGCUGUUAAUUCGUCCAUCAGAUCAGCUUAUUGGGCUUGUUACAGCCUCAUCCAGGACCAAUAGCGACUCCCACAUGACUGGCUAUCGAUCUAUUGCUGACCUGGAGCGUCAGCCUCCCUUCGACGAACACUUUCCUUCCAAUCUCCGUUAUGCUUUGGUUUAUGACCGGAUAAGCUUUCUGUUAACUAUCUGGCUACCCCUUUCUCGCAGGGCUGGUGGCGUGCCCCAAGUGACGCCUAACUUUCCCCUCCUGCCAGCCGUAACACUUCCGCCGCAGACCACCUAG